GUUUGAUAACUGCCAUAAAGUAAACAAAAGAAGAAGAUACGCGCUCUGCAACAAGCUACAGUGGAUGCAGAUGAUGUAGUGAUGAGCUUACGUUCGUUGUUUUUCAGUUGUAGAGUCUGUUUUUAAGGCGCUGAGGCGUUUCUUAUUUUGUUUGCAAAACCGACGGGUCUGGAUUUUGGAGCAAACAUGGCGACUACGGAAAGUGGCGAUGGACACGAACGUCUGGCCACCAAUCAAGUCCCGUCUGUCCAAGUCUCUGGCGCGGUAACAGAGGGGACAGAUGGAGAGUCCAUGGAAGCUGUUUCAGAGGCAGAAGCAAAUGUGGACGUUGGAGACCCAGAUCUUGUUUGUGGAUCUCCUCCCAGACUGUCUGAAUAUGGAGAGGAGGACAAUGUUGUUGCUGCUGAAAAAGAAAGGGAGAGUAAAGAAACAGAACAUAAAGAAACUGAGAAAGCUGUUGUCCCUUCUACAUCUGUAUCUCCUCAAAAUCCAUCAUCUUCACAGUCGUCUGUCUCCUCAGAUAAGACAUUAAGCACAGCUUUGACUUCGCACGAUGGUGAACCAGGUAGCACCUCAGAGGCUGGGAAAGAGGGUACUGUGGUAAAAACUGAGGAAGAGUCUGAGUUGAAUGAAGAAAAUUUUGCAGUAAAUGACAAAAGAUUAAAGGAAAGUCCUGCAGAACCAGAUGUGAGUGAGGACACAGAUAUGACUUCUGAUGGCAAGAAGGAGACAAACACAGACAAAGACAGUGACUCUAGGGAGGACGUCGGCGCGCAGCAGGAAAAGGAGUCUCGUGGCUGUAAACUGCGGGUUUCUGCAGCUGACGACCUCGAUGAGAUGAUGGACAUUGGUACGGUGGAUCAGAUGGAACAAGAAGCUCAGAUGAAAGAGGAGGAGGAGCAGAACAGUUUGAUGGAAGUGGAAAACAGCCGUUCACCUGCCAGUUCAAACACAGUCUCAGUGGCAGAGGACAGUAACUCUAUUGAGGAGGAAACUGAUGUGAAACCCACUGUGUUGCCACCACUAACAGAGGAGGACCAAGUGGAGGAUGUAAAAGUGGCUUUAGAUCUGAUGCAGUCCAGCGCGUCUCCACUGUCUGAAGCCACAGCCAGUACAGGAAGAGACAGCUCAUCACCAGCGGCCAUGAUGAAUGGGAUGAAAGUAGUUAAGCUAUCAAUACCAAGAUUGGACACUGAGAGAUUACAGGCAGUAACUCGGUCAAUCAAGUCGUCUCCUUCACCGCCUUUGGUCAAGGUUAAGGAUGAGCCUAUAGAUGAGGAGUACGAACAGGCUCUAGUAUCUUCCACCACUACAGCAAGCGUGAAGGAUGAGCCCAAUACUGCAAAGGAUGACUUGAGGAUUGGAUCGGUCUUCUCUGUCACUCCAGCUUCCGAAACACAGACGCUGCCCGAAGUCAGCCCGUCGUCCUCACACAUGUCCUGUUCCCACUGCAAGAAGAGCCUGAUGAAGGGGCAGACUGCUUUCCAGAGGAAGGGCUCCCCAGCCCUCUUCUGCUCCACCGCCUGCCUCACCACAUCUCUCCCCACUGUCAAAGGAGUCACCAAGAUCUGCCACAACUGCCAGAAGUUGAUAUUUCGGCCUCAGGACGUCAUCCUGGCUCCCGAUGCUAAAGGAGUCAUGAAGGAAUUCUGCAGCCAGAACUGUUUGACCUCCUUCAAUUACAAGAAAAACUCCAGCUACAGGAAAGCUGCUGUCUCCAAAAACCCACAACAACCAACAGCACCACAGUCACUUUGCAGCAUGUGCACCAGAUACUGCAUUAGCAAGCAUGAGGUGAUCCUGAGCGGCGCUGUCCACAAGAUGUGCAGUGACGCCUGCUUCAACCGCUUCCGUACAGUGAACAACCUGUCCAUGGCUGGAUGUGCAAACUGCGGCUCCUACUGCCACAACAAACCGCUCAUGUUGAAGAUGGACGACAGCAACAAAACUCUGUGCAACGCAGAGUGUCUGAACAAAUACAAAGAGAAAACCAAGAUAACCCUGUCUUGUACGAUGUGUCGAACCAACCGUUUGCUCGCAGAGAUGGUUGACAACAAAAACAGUGAUGACUCUGUGAACGUCUUCUGUAGCAGCAGCUGUGUGAUGGCCUUCAAGGUUCAAACUGUCAGUGCAUCAGGUGCUCGGUUAAGUUGUGAUACUUGUGGGAAAAACACUGUACCGGCCUACCACCUCGCCAUGUCAGAUACCUCCAUCAGGAACUUCUGCACACUACCGUGUGUCAUGGCUUUUCAGGAAAAGUUCAAGAAGUCACAGAAACAGGUCAAUGUUUUCACGAAGUUGCCGAUCGGAUCCACACAAAUCCAGGCAGUUACUCCUGUCCAACCUCCGCAAGACGUCUCCAACGAGCCGAAACUGAACUGCUCCCAGUGUACUUGCAACAUAACUUUCAAACCUGAGGUCAUCCAGAUUAAGGACAAGAUGGUUUUUGUGUGUAGCGUGGACUGUUCUCACGAGUUCAAGAAAGCCAACUAUGUGACGAGCCUGUGUGAAUACUGUAAGAUCGAAAAGAUCACCAGAGACGCCAAGAGGAUUAACAACAAAGACUGCUACUUCUGCAGCGAUGGCUGUAAGCUCCUCUUCAGGCACGACCUGACUAAAAACUGGGGCAAACACUGUCACUCCUGUGUCUACUGCCACUGUGUGUCGAAGAAGUUGGUGACGGCUCAGUAUGGAGGCUCGACAGAGGAGUUCUGCUCUGAGGAGUGCAGGUCCAGAUACACCAUGCUCUUCUGCCACGUCGCCAAGUGCGACACCUGCGGGCGCAAAGGGAAACUGAAACAGAGUCUUCCCAUGCUGGGGGAGGUCAAACACUUCUGUGAUCUGAGUUGUCUGCUACAGUUCUGCAGUGAUAAGGUGGCCACACAGGGCGAGGUCUUCAAAGAUACAGUUGAGGCCACACCUGUCAUCGCCAACGUCAUCUCACUUGCAGGUACUCCGACGGGAAAAUCCAAUGCACCCGACAGAACUGCCCAGCAAAGCACAGUCUCUAACUUUCAGUCAAAGAACUCUGGACAUAUCAGUAUUCAGACGGAAACAGUGAAACCUCAUCCUCCUCCUCCUGGCCCAAAGAUCCUGAAAAACAAGGCUCUGCUGUGUCGACCAUUGGUGCAGAACAAAGGGGUCUCCUGUAAAACACAGACAGCUGAUGUCGAAUCACAGACAGACGACAUCUUCCCUAAAAUCAUGGUCCUGCCUGUCCCAGUGCCGGUGUUUGUGCCUGUCCCCAUGAACAUGUACAGCCAGUGUACCCCCAGACCUGUGGGCCUGCCGCUACCGCUGCCUGUGCCCAUGUUCCUUCCUGUGACGAUGGACAGCGCUGAGCGCAUCGUGGAGACCAUCCAGGAGAUCAAAAAGAUCCCGUCUGAUCCUUUUGAGGCCGAGCUCAUCCUCAUGGCUGAGAUGGUGGCAGAACAAGACGAGAAGAACGACAAACCAGAGAGGCCAAAGGAGAAAGUGAUGGAGAAACAGACAGAGAGACAUGAAGCAGCUGCCCCAGAUGACCACACCAGUAACUACAGCGACGACUUGGAUACAGACGACUUGGCCAGUUUCCUCAACAAUUGGGAGGAUGCUUCGUCUGACGCAGGUCUCAGGUCGCCGAGUCGAUCGUACGCCCACGAGAAGCUCAACCCAAUCAUAGACGUUCCUGUGGGCAUGCCCAGUGAGCCUUACUCAGAGCCCCCGCCUCCCGCUCCGCCUCCCAUGGACAUUGAAGCUGACUUUACUGUUGAAACUCUGGAGAAGAUGGCCCGGCUCAGAGAGCAGUCCCGGCAACCUCCGAGCCCCCCACCCGCCACUACACGACGACGCCAAGCACACAGGAAAGCCAGAGAAAAGAAGGGUCGUAAAUCGCAGCGGUCGUCAAAGGCAGCGGAAACGACAUCUCAAAGAGGGUCCGCCCACAAGGCCAUGGCUGUAGAAGUCCCUAAACUGAAGAGUCAGUACGGAGUCGAUGCCUGGAAGCGGUGGAUACAGUGGAGGCAAACUCAGCCCAACCUGGAGAAACCACGCUUCUCGCGUCCCAUGGAGUUAAAGGAGGACAUUCUUCGAUGCACUACAGCUGAGCUGAGCUACGGCCUCUGCUGCUUCAUCACGGAGUUGAAACGACCAAAUGGAGAGCCGUACUCCCCCGACAGCUUGUUCUACCUCUGCCUCGGCAUCCAACAGUACCUGUUUGAGAACGGUCGCGUGGAGAACAUAUUCAUGGAUCGCUUCUACAACAAGUUCUCCACUGAGUUCACAAGUAUGCUGAGAGGUUUCAAACCUUCCGUCACAGCCGGUGGUUACAUCCACUCCCGUGUGGAGGAGGAGUUUCUCUGGGACUGUAAACAGCUGGGGGCCUACUCCCCCAUCGUCCUCCUCAACACUCUGCUCUUCUUCUGCUGCAAGUACUUCGGCUUCACCACGGUGGAGCAGCACCGCCAGCUGUCCUUCGCCCACGUCAUGCGCUGCACCAAAACCAACCCGAAUAACACCAAGACCACCUUCCUGCGCUUCUACCCGCCCAUAUCCAUACAUGAAGCAGAGCCAGAUCCAGAGGUUCCAGCCAAGAAGCGUAAGGAGGAGGAGAGUAAAGAGGACAUCCUGGAGAUGGUGGAGAACACAGAGAACCCUCUCCGCUGUCCGGUCAGACUCUAUGAGUUCUACCUCUCCAAGUGCUCGGAGUCGGUAAAGCAGCGCACCAACCUGUUCUACCUUCACCCCGAGCGCUGCUGCGUCCCCAACAGCCCCCUGUGGUUCUCCUCCACUGCUCUGGAUGACAGCACCAUGGAGGCCAUGCUCAUCCGCAUUCUCACUGUCAGAGAGCUGCAUCUCAGGACGAAGAAAGAGGGAGUGACUGAGCAGAAGACAGGCAGUGACCCGCCAUUUAUACCUGAUGAGGAGGACGAUGAGGAGUCAGAGUGAUGAAGAGCAAUGAGAACAGAAGUGACCUUUUAUUGGUGUAACAACUUGUGCUGUAAAUGGUUGUAGUUUACCUGAAAUGUUCAUUUAAACACGCUCCCAUAAAUAUAAAUGGACAGCAUACAUCUCUCACAUACAUAAGUACAAUGUGCUGAACGGUCAUACUUCCUAAACACCAUGUUGGUUGGGAUUUUUAGAUCUUCAAACACACUGUUUGUGUAUCCGGGACUUGGAACCUGAGAUGCAAGACUCAGCUCAGCAUUCAGACUGUUUACUACUGCUCAGCAGAACACAGCUUAACUUCUGUGUGUCUGCUAAUUAGUUGUUUCUCAUGGAUGGUGCUGCUUUUGUUUCCUUCCAUGUAUCAUGAUUGCUUAAAUUCUUGUGCAAAUUGAACUUCAGUGAAGAACUCAAGCUACAAUGAAAACAAUUUUCAUUUUUGUCGGUGUGAGUUGUAAACAUCCAUGCCAGAAGAUAAACUGAAAACAUCUCCCUGAUGUAGAUGUGGAUCACCAACUGUCAUUUAGUGUGACAAACCUGCAGCGUAGUUUUAUUUUCAGCAAUUCAUCAAAGCAAUGAUUUGUUGUCAGUCUCUCAGUCAAAUACAAAUACUGAAACUGCUAAUUCGUAUCUGUGUUCUUCAGGUAAUCUUACUUUGAAAAGUCUAGUCUAAUCAAGUCUCACUUGAUUGUGAGACUACAGAGUGACCUGUGAUUUUUUUUUUUUUUAUGUUAAAGAAUGAAAGAAGAAAUGAAAGAAUGAAACUGUUUUCUAUAUUUCCUUUUACCUCAUUUAUAGCAGUGGACACAUUUUGAUCACCAGUGUCCAAGUGAUGGGAUUAAAAAUAUGUUUGAAAUUCAUUUGAAUACAUUUAAGAACAUCUUGUCUAUGAAUGUAGCGCACAUCUAGAAGGCUGAAGACUCAUGCCAUUUGGAAACAAUGCACAAUUUUACCAUUUUUCUUGACUGAACACUAAAAAUGAACAGAAGAGAGUUUUGAGUUCAUUUUGGGCAUGCUGUUUCAACCAAGGUGUCCUCUUGAGACAUUGACUUCUUGCAUAAUCAUGACCCCGGUGUUAUAUAGAAAUAAAGAAAUACUGUCCCUUCAUGUAUAUCUUGGUUACAUUAACCCCUAGUCUGAAGAGUAUGGCAACCAAGGUUCUCUGGGUAUUUUCUAUUGUAUGUCCUUUUUAAAUAAAUAAAUAAAAAAACAUUUCAAAACGUU